AUGGAAAAAUUACGACAAAAAUUAAAUAAAUAUGUUAAUUGUGAUCCAGAUGAUCUUGUUAUAGUUGAUAAUGCAUCCGCUGCCAUAAAUUUAAUUCUUAAAUCAUUAAAAUUAAAAUCGAAUGAAACUAUUUUAUAUUAUAAUGUUGAAUAUGGAAUGGUUAAAUUAACAUUAGAAUAUGUUUUAACAGAAAUUUUUACACAAGAACAAAUUAUUCAAAUCGAACUUGAUCGUCAAACAAUACAAAAUACAGAUUUAUUAUUAAAAAAAAAAAAAAAAACUCAAAAUACAAUAAAUAAACUAAAAAAUGUUAAAUUAAUUGUAUUUGAUCAUAUUAGUUAA